UGGCACUCUGGGAGUCGUAGUAAUCAGUCUGCUGUCGCUGCGAGGAGGACUACAUUUCCCCAAAGCCUGCGAAACCACGCGAUCACUAGCCGGAAGGAGUCGCUACACGAGGUACUUGGAGUGAGAGGCCCCGAGUCUGAGUUACCCGUGCUGGGGUCAGCGCGAUGCCUAAAGCCAAGGGGAAGACUCGGAGACAGAAGUUCGGUUAUAAUGUUAACCGGAAGCGUCUGAACCGGAAUGCUCGACGGAAGGCAGCGCCGCGGAUCGAAUGCUCCCACAUCCGACAUGCCUGGGACCAGACCAAAUCGGUGCGGCAGAACCUGGCCGAUAUGGGUUUGGCUAUGGACCCCAACAGGGCAGUGCCCCUUCUUAAGAGAAAGGUAAAGGCCCUGGAAGUGGACGUGGAGGAGAGGCCUAAGGAGCUCAUGCGGAAGCCCUAUGUGCUCAAUGACCUGGAGGCAGAAGCCAGCCUUCCAGAAAAGAAAGGAAAUACGCUAUCUCGGGAUCUCAUUGACUAUGUUUGCUACAUGGUGGAGAACCAUGGGGAGGACUAUAAGGCUAUGGCCCGGGAUGAGAAGAAUUACUAUCAAGAUACCCCAAAACAGAUUCGGAAUAAGAUCAACGUCUAUAAGCGUUUUUACCCAGCAGAGUGGCAAGCCUUUGUCGAUUCUUUGCAGAAGAAUAAGAUGGAGGUUGAGUGACUGGUUUACACCUGCCCCAGGUUGAGACUUCCUCCUGGACCAGAGAAGCCGGAGCCAGGGUUUAAGGCAAGGAGAGGUGUGCGGCUACAGAUGAGGCU